AUGGCGGCUAAUCCCAUAGAAAUUGUCACCAACAGGCUGUACUUUACUAAUGUCCCUCAAGAUGGCAGGUCUAGGUAUGGAUCCAACUCCAUCAUCAAGUUUGCAGAUGACUCCACGGUGAUCGGUCUCAUCAGUGACAACGAUGAGUCUGACUAUAGGGAACAGGUAAAGCACCUAGCUGUAUGGUGCGCUGACAAUAACCUGCUCCUGAAUACCAGCAAGACAAAAGAGCUCAUUGUGGACUUCAGGAAGGAGAACCCCACCCAUGAAUCUAUCCACAUAAUUGGCACGGCUGUUGAAUGGGUUUCCAGCUUCAAGUUCCCGGGGACCCACAUCUGUGAGAAUCUGUCCUGGUCAACCAACAUCUCCAGCCUGGUCAAGAAGGCACAUCAGCGCCUGUUUUUCUUCAGGACACUGAAGAAAAACCACCCGUCUGCUGACCUACUGGUUGAUUUCUAUAACCUCCCACUGUAUACUGAUGACAGGUAUAAAGUAUGGCAUACUACAUAUCUGACUAUGAUUAUAUUUUGUCUUCUAGGUCCUCUCUGUAGUAUCUGUGUGAACCGGUUUGGGUGCCGGCCAGUAAUGAUGGUUGGUGGUCUAUUUGCCUCAUUUGGGAUGGUGUGUGCAUCGUUUUGUACAAACAUCAUAGCAAUCUACUUCACAGCCGGAGUCGUCACAGGCCUCGGACUGGCAUUGAAUUUCCAGCCUUCACUCAUCAUGUUAAAUCGAUACUUUGACAAACGCCGUCCACUGGCCAAUGGAUUGGCGGCUGCUGGAAGCCCGGUGUUCCUUUGUGCCCUGUCUCCUUUAGGGCAGAUUCUCCAGCAUGAGUUUGGCUGGCGAGGAGGCUUUCUUAUAUUAGGAGGCCUGCUCCUUAACUGCUGUGCAUGUGGUGCCCUGAUGAGGCCACCAAAUAAACAAAAAGAAGAGACCAAAGAAGUAGUAAAGCCCAAACCUAAAAAACUGCUUGACUUCUCUGUGUUCAAGGACCGUGGAUUUGUUAUCUACACUAUAGCUGCUUCUAUUAUGGUUCUAGGGCUUUUUGUACCUCCGGUAUUUGUGGUGAGCUAUGCAAAAGACCUUGGGAAUGAAGAUACAAAAGCCUCUUUCCUUCUCUCCAUUCUAGGGUUUAUUGACAUCUUUGCACGGCCCACCUGUGGUAUCAUCGCUGGGCUGAAAUGGGUUCGACCACGCUGCGUCUACCUGCUCGGCUUCGCCAUGAUCUUUAAUGGAUUCACUGAUCUGAUGGGAUCCAUGGCGGACACCUACGCAGGCCUGGUGGUGUUCUGCAUCUUUUUUGGAAUUUCAUAUGGGAUGGUCGGUGCCUUACAGUUUGAGGUCCUCAUGGCAAUUGUUGGCACACACAAGUUCUCCAGUGCUAUUGGAUUAGUUCUUCUGGCAGAAGCAAUAGCUGUCCUUAUUGGACCACCAUCAGCAGGUAAGCAUAGGAAGGGACAUUUCUUGGUGUUUCCUAUUCCAUCUCUUAGGAAAUGUAAGCAACAUCAAUGUUAUAUUGCCCGAGAGUUAAUAAUCCACCGGGACCUAUAAUAGAAUA